AUGGCGACCUCUAGUGGAAGUAAAACCACCCAAGCCGUCUGGAUCCAGUGGUGCCCGUCCUUCAGCACAAGUAAGGAGAUUCCCUGCUUGUAUAUGUGUAUUUACAGGACAAACAAAUCAUCUUGUUACACUGUAGUCUUACACAGCAUCUCUCUUCUUCUACCUCAGGCCAAAGAAAAUCCAAAUGACGACAAGGAUAUAGCGGAGCUCGGGGCUUGUCUACGAGUUCUAGAGCUAACGGAGGAGAACAAAUGUAUGUUUGACCAGGCACAGGCAAACCAGAUCCCUGCUGUCAUACAUCAGUUUGCCUGCGAGUCUUGUGAUAGGGACUGGUGGAGACGUGUGCCACAGAGGAAAAGGGUAAGACUUCUAACCACACCUGUGCUGUUCACACAGACUUACAGUGAAAUCGAAAACAAGCCCCAUGUGCCUGGUACCGAACGCGUCCACCCACGUAGCAGACAGAAGAACAGGAAGCCACGGGUGGUGUACCCCAGCCAUGCUCAUAUAAGCAGUGGAUCCACUGUAAACACCUGCCUAAGUCAGGGCAGUCUGCUGGACAGCCUCAAUGAGCUCAUCUUGGAUGACAUUAAAGAGGAGUCUGUUGAAGAGUCAGAUAGCAGCAGCUGAGGCACCACAGGAAAUUAUUGCAACGUGGUUUCCCCCUCUUGAAUGGCACGGUGUUGCUUUGAGUGACACAGGCUCUUAUGACAUAAUUCCAAAUUAUGUACUCAAAGUAACAAAUGCACAACUAAAAGGCAGUCUGAAUGUUUAAAUACAUAAUGCACUACAGGUUGCAUUCAUUCUGCGGCAAGCAAAUCAUUUUAGAUUUUAACCAAUCUGGAUUGGAAUGAAUCUUUUUGACCAUCUUUUUGAUUUCCCUACCCAACCAAGUUUGUCCCCUGCACUUUUUGGGGAAAUGAACAUCAUAUUUCCAAUUUGUUUGCCUGUAGUGGAAAACAUUUUGUUGCUGGCUGCAUAAAAUGUCAACUUUCAAACUAAGCAGAUGCCGCCGGUGAACAAGUGCAUUGAUAAUCAAAUGCCCAAUUAGCACUUCUAAUUAUUUUUUUAUUUUUUUAAUCUCAAUUCCUCUAGCCCACCAUACUGUUUGUUGGUGAAUGUUUUUUGCACCAAAUCAUUACAUUUCCCUCUUAUAUGACUAAAGAUGGGUGCUGCUUUUGUUUGCCUUCUUAAAUGAAUUGUAGACCACACUUUAGAACCAACAUCAAAUUA